AUGGGGGCAAGGCACCAGCAGCACGCGGGCAUCCACCGCUUCGGCGUGCCCCUCAAAAACACCCUGGUGUACUACGGCGAUGUCUUCCACACGCUGUUGCACCUGCCGAUCCACCGCUUUGUGGCCAUCUUCUUCUCGAUAUACAUAGCAGAGUACUGCCUCUUCGCCCUGCUGUACCUAUGGCAGCCCGAUGACUGCAUCGAGGGCGUCCGCCACUUUGCCAACGCUCUCUGGUUCAGCGUGCAGACCGCCUCCACCAUCGGCUAUGGCAAGAUGGCGCCGAGCCAGCACUGCCCGGGGGCGAACUCAGUCGUGAUGGUUCAGGCCAUCACGUCAUCACUGGUUGACUACUGCAUGAUGGGGGUGGUGUUUGCAAGGUUCUCAUCCCCAUCCAAGCGCGCCCUGAGCAUGCGCUUCAGCGACAGUGCCUGCAUCCACCGCGGCCCGGACGGCCUCUGGCGGCUGUCUUUCCGGCUGGCCAACAUGCGCAAGCACCUGCUGAUGCAGCCAAACGUGCAGGUCUUGCUGGGCGUCCCUGACGGCCCGGGGCGCAGUUCCUUCGCAUUUGAAGAGCUGAAGUUGGAGGGCCUCCUCUCGUCCCUCACAAACAUCAAGCUGGGGCUCGCUGCCACGCUGACUCACGUCAUCGACGCGGGGAGCCCGCUGUGGCGGCUGUCGGUCGCUGACAUGGCGGCGUGUGGCAUGGAGCUGCUGGUUUUCUUGGAUGGGGUCGAUUCGACUUCCAGCACGAUACAGGUCGGGUGGUAG